AUGUUGGCCUCGGCGCGUCGCAACGGUGCGGAGAAGCCUGCCUCCCACUUCAAGCUCAACUCUGGUGCCUCGAUCCCGUCCGUGGGUCUCGGCACGUGGCAGUCGCCCAAGGGCGAGGUGCGCGACGCCGUGUGCCACGCGCUCAAGUCGGGCUACCGCCACAUCGACUGCGCCUGGGGCUACCAGAACGAGGACGAGGUCGGUGAGGGCAUCCGUCUCUCGGGCGUCCCCCGCGAAGACAUCUGGAUCACCUCCAAGCUCUUCGAGUUCCACCACAACCACGUCCGCCAGGCAGUCCAGGACACCCUCGACAAGCUCGGCGUAAAGUACCUCGACCUCUACCUCAUGCACUGGAACAUCGCCUUUGUCCCCGAGGACGUGCCCGCCGGUCAGCUCCCCCGCGACUCCAAGAAGGACCCCAAGACCGGAAAGCACCUCCUCGACCUCGAGACCACCGAGAACUUUGUCGGCGUCUGGAAGGAGCUCGAGAAGCUCGUCGACGAGGGCAUCGUCAAGAACAUUGGUAUCUCCAACUUCUCCAUCCGCCGAACCAAGGAGCUGCUCAAGUCGUGCCGCAUCAAGCCCGUCGUCAACCAGGUCGAGCUCAGCUUCACCUUCCCCCAGCCCGAGCUCGUCGCCUGGCUCAAGAAGAACGACAUCCUCCCCCAGGCCUACUCCCCCCUCGGCUCCACCGGUGCCAGCCAGGCUUCGCUCAGCGUCGUCGACGAGAUCGCCAAGAAGCACGGCGUUCAGGGUGCCAACGUGCUCAUCUCGUGGCAGGUCGCCAGGGGCUGCAACCCCCUCCCCAAGUCCGUCACCCCGGCGCGCAUCGAGAACAACAUCAAGCUCAUCGACCUCUCGGCUGAGGAGCUCGACCAGCUCGAGAAGGGCGCGCUCGCCCAGACGCCCAAGAAGGUCUGCGACCAGUCCGACCUCGUCGUCCCCGCCUACGACAUCUUUGAGGCCGACCACCCCACCAACAACGACAAGGUCCAGGCCGCCCAGGCCUAA